AUGGGAGUGUCGUCCGUGACCGCCUGGUACAUACGCGAGCUGUACUUCGUGUUUCUUGAGCCAUGGCUUGUCAGGCUCGGUUUAGUCAAAUUAGGAUUUGGGGAUGCAACAUAUGGACGUGAGGCUAUUCCGUACUCGCCUAGCGAGCUUGACUAUAUCUACGACAACCCCGAUGUUAAAGUGACAAGGCGCCGUGUGUUCUUCAGUGGAAACGAACCGAUUCUCGAUCUCAAGCUACAGGGACAUGGGCUGACGCUGCCAUUCGCCCACGUGGGCAAGCCUGUGACGUCAUGGGUCAACUAUUACGCGUGGGAAAGGCCCGAAUCGAUCAAAAAGGCACAACCUGCCGAUGUGCACUUGAAGAACGGAUUUCGCGUGAUUGGGAUUGACAUGCCAAGUUUCGGCCGCUCCUCAGGCUUACAUGGAUAUUUACCGACAUUGCGCUGGCUCGAAGGCAGCAUGAAUGCUGUCAUGCUCCACGUACGCAUGUGGGACGAAUACAAUGGCAUGCCUGGACUCGAGACUCGUAAGCGCUUCGCACAGGGUGCCUCCAUGUACGUAUGCAACCCCCUCGUUUCUCGCGCGUCUCUUGCUCGGUGGAUAGGCUCACUCAUUCGUUUUUACAGGGGCGGAUUUACGUGCGCAUAUCAUGCUGCCUUGCAUCCGCCGCCUUCAACGGCAGUAUCGCUCGCCCUCGAUGGCAUUGGUAUGUCGGCGCCUAUGCUCCAGAUCUCGCCUGUGACUCGACCAAACAAGUAUAUUGAGGCUGCAGGUCGUCUGUUGUCCAUGUUCGCUGGGCGGCUUGGUCUGAUUCAGGCGAUUCGCGGUCAUUUGUCAGAAGACCCCAAGUACGUCCCCCCACCUGAUUGUAUGUGCAUUGCACGGCUAACCACCCUUCUACUCUCGCAUCCAGUGUUGAAUUCUAUGCUCGAAAAGACCCGCAAGGCUAUCUGGGCCGCUUGCGUAUUAACAUGGGACUGGCUAUCGCAGAUGGUCUUGAUCAUUUUAACGAAAUUGUCGACAACAUUCAAUGCCCGGUGCUUAUCUAUCAUGGGACAGCAGACAGAGUGA